AUGCUCCCCAAUGCUCUCUCUGCCCGUACUGGUGUCUACUGGGAUAUAGUGGGCUCCUCUGCACUACUAGAUUCAACUCCAGGCUUUGGGAACCUGGGAAAGAGUUUCCUAAUUGAGAACUUGCUGCGGCCGGGAGAUGAUUCACCGCAGUGUCUUACUGCUCCUCCUUCCUCAACUCGUUCCGUAGCAGCAGUUGCAGUUAACGCCGAAAUCCCAGAGCAUCCCCUCUCGUCCAGUCCUGUACCUCUCAAGUUGUGCCCUGGAGCAGAACAAGUCGGGAGUCCUUAUCGGACUCAUUGGGCUUUUCAGGUGUUUAAUCCUUCGACUGACAGCAGACUGUUGCCAGGCCAGGGAGACCAAGGCGGCGCCUUCCAACUUGCAGUCCCAGCUUCGUCCAAACUUUUUUUUCUGAGAGCCCCACAAUUCUACUCAACCUGCUGCGGUGGGUCCUGUCAGCACCCUGCAUCCCCCACUGCUUUGCCAAGAGAGGAUAGUAUGUUGCCUCUACUAACAGAAGACUCCAAUUCCAAAGCACAAAGAGGAAUUUUGAGAAGAGCUGUGUUUUCUGAUGACCAGAGAAAAUCUCUGGAGAAAAUGUUUCAGAAACAGAAGUAUAUCAAUAAAACAGACAGAAAGAAACUUUCCAUCAGUUUGGGACUAAAGGAGUCACAGGUGAAAAUUUGGUUUCAAAACAGAAGGAUGAAGUGGAGAAACUGCAAAGAAAAAGAAGCACUUUCCAACCAAUAUGCCAAGGAAGAAGGCAUUCAAGAGAAUCAAAUUUCAAGAUCUACUCUAGGCUUUACUUCUCCUUGUCCUAAAAUAUGGAAAGUAUCUCAACAGCAUUCAAGUUCAAGAUGGAGGGAAACUUCACCAGAGCCUUCAGAAAGAUUAAACCAUGAGAAUUCAUUACAGCUUUUUCCACAAGUGAAUUCUCAUCAGGGUCCAUUGUAUUUAUACUCUGAAGCAGACACUGAAGACAAGGCAAUUACUGCAGCCAUAUGA